AUGUUCAGUCGAUGGUAUUUUCUGUUGCUAGUAGUGCUACUGGUCCAGUUUGUAGUGGCUGAAAAUCAGAAGACUGGUCCAGAUCAGAAUACGUUACUGGUUCAACUACAGGCACCAUGGAAAGAGACGGAUUUCGAAUUGAACCUUCUAGAAAGUAUUGCCGCUGCCAACGAACUGUUGUACGUUUCAAGCGUAUUGAAAUUAGCUGGUAUUUCGAAUAUUGAAGAAGAAGUUGAAGAUCUAGAAGACUUUGAAGAUGAGGACCUCGAAUUGUCACGGAAAUCUCACAAGGACAAGUACGAAUUGUUGAUGAAAAACAUUGAUAACGAAGAAACCAGAGCUACUAUCAAUUUCACAUUAGUCAAUAAAUACUACUCUCCUAGAAUUGAGUCGCAUUAUGAUCAUUAUGCUUCAGAUGUGGAAGCGGAAUUGUCCGAGAGAUUGAAGACUGAAUGUGCUGUAGACUCUUUUGGUAACAAAUUGGACACGUUAGAUGUGUGGCUCUUGUACAACAACAAGCUAUAUUGUUCUAAGGAUGAGUUGUAUGCGUUACAAACUGAUAGCAGAUCAGACGUACAGCCCUUGUUAUUCGACAGAGUCAUUGGAACAAAUGAAAAAGCUCCACUUGUUGUACUUUAUGGAGAUCAUAAGUCAGAUCAGUUCCGCGAUUUCUUCGAGAACUUAUACGAAAGUGCCAAUAUUGGAAAACUCAGAUUCGUGUGGAGAUAUCUUCCUCCCAAAACUGUAAGAAAGAACGAUAUUUUAACUGGUUAUGGUGUAGACUUGACCUUGAAAAGAACAGAUUAUGUUGUAAUUGACGACAGAGAUGUUUCGAGCAAAAUUUCAAAUUCAAAGAAGAAGUCGUCCAAACCCAAACUCGACAUUCGUAAAGAUUUACACAAGAUAGCAGCCUUGCAGGAAUUGUUCCCUAUUGACAAACUGUCGUUGCAAUCUUUGGGUCUAAAAUUAACUUCUUUCGUCAAAAGCAACAAACAAAAAUCUAGCUAUGACACCUUGGUGCAGAUUUUGGAGGAUUUCCCAAAGUACGUUUCUUUCUUGGCUGACUUACCAAGAGACAAUAAUGAAAUUCUUGUUGGUGAUAUCGUUGAUUCGAAUGAAAAAUUAGGUCUUUCCAAGGAAUCAUUUGGGUUGUAUGUUAAUGGCUCUCCUAUUCAUAGGCUUGAGUUAGAUUUACUAAAAUUAUUUGAAAAAAUUAAGGAUGAGCUUGAUUUCAUCAAUAAGUUGCAAGAGUUGGGUUUCACAAUAGAGCAAGCCAAGUUCCUUCUUACCAAGUUUGCCUUGCUCAGUGCUGUAAAACAGACCCAAUUCAGAAACGGCAAUACUAUCAUGGGAAAAAAUGAAAAUAGAUUCAAGGUCUACGAUUAUGCCUUUACUAAGACAUCUAAAAGAGGAGUAGUCUUCUUAAACGAUCUUGAAAAUGACAAUAGCUAUCUGCAUUUCACUACGAAUAGUAGAGAAGCAUAUUUGGGUCCUGAAUCAUAUCGAUUGCGGCCAAAUCAGAUACCCCCACUGAGAGAAAAUAUUCAUGAUUUGAUAUUUGCUGUUAAUUUCGGUAAUAGGGAACAAUUAAGAGUACUUUUCACUCUUUCAAAGGUGAUAUUGGACAACGGGAUUCCUCAGCAAGUUGGUAUAAUACCAGUUCAAGGUGAAGAUCCUCUUGAUUUGAUUCUUGCAGAGAAGUUCUAUCACAUUGUAGCAACUUCAAGCCCUCAAGAAGCUUUGGCAUUUCUCUAUAAAUACUUAGAAUCAAAAUCUGUGGAUGAAACUCAGAAUUUGAUUGACACAAUCACAAUACCCAUUGGUCAAGAAAUUGGUCCAGAAGCAUUCCAAGAUGUUUUGCUCAGGUUUUCAAUUGAUCAAGCAUCUGUUAUCUUCAAUGGUGUGAUCUAUGAAUUGACUUCCCCUAACUGGCAGAUAGCGAUGAGCAAACAACUCAGCCAGGAUAUUGCCUUAUUGAAGCUGCAUCUUCGAAACGGUAAUGCAGAAGGAAAAUCCUUGAAAAGUCUACUCUAUGAAAACGCAGGCACUGAGAGAAACUUGAGAAUAAUCCCAAUUGAACCAAGUGAUACAUUGUACAAGGCAGUAGAUGAAGACCUUAUCAAGUAUUCAACAUUGAUUCGCAAGGAUACUACUGAAGGCAUAGCUGGUACAUUUUGGUUAGUGGGUGAUUUGAACAAGAAAAUAUGUCAAACCCAGCUAUUGAAUUUACUAAUUUCCUUUAAGAAGUCAAAGUAUGACUACCAAAUCAGAGUUAUAAACUCGGGAACCACUUCAGCUGUGCUUAAUAAGGUGAAGAAAUCCUUUAAAUUGGAUAAAUUAUCUAGCCCAAAGAUCGAUAAGGUUAUAGAAUUGUUCAAGUCAGAGUUCAGGGAAGUCUCAGCUUCUUCAAAUAAUACCAUUAUCAAAUUUUUGGAAUCCAAACAGUUGCCCCUGCAUCACGACUUCCUAUUAUUCAACUCAAGAUAUUUCCGUCUUGAUAUUCCUCUUUCAAAGAAAGAAAUUGAACUUUUGUUGGAAUAUGAGUACUCUCAGCGAUUAUCACUUUUUGAUGAUAUUCUCAAGGCUUAUCCUGAAGUUUUCCAUGGUCAGCAAAUUGAUAACUUCAGUCUACCAGCAUCUGUUGGAAGUAGAGAAGACUGGAUGGACUUGGUAACUAGUGUGGUCACGAAAUCAUUCCAUUUCGAUGAUAGGCUGUUCAUCACUGAUGUGUCUAGAUUUGAUUUUAGCAAGUUGAACUAUGGAAAUUGCAUUGACGUGAAUACUUAUGAAGUAACCAAGAAAAUUGACAUAUUACUUAUAGUUGAUCCUCUUGACGAGUAUUCACAAAAGCUUGCAACUAUUGUCAAGUCCGUAGCUGACAUCCCGUUUGUCAAUACUCGAAUUUUGUUGCAACCAUCAACGGAAGAGGUUGAAGAUAUCACAAUCAAAAGAUUCUACAGAGGAGUUUACGAGAGCUCUUCCCCAAUGUUCGUAGAUGGAAAGUGGAGUUCAAAUUCCAGUGCAUCGUUUGAACUGCUUCCUGGAAGUGAAUUGUUCACCACUGAUUUGGAUAUUCCAACAAGAUGGUUAACAACUCUCAAGGAAAGUCCAAUAGGUGUAGACAUGGACAACAUUAAAUUUGACAACUACAACAAUAAGAAUGCCUACGGUGUAUAUGAGCUUAGAAACAUUCUUAUUGAAGGAUAUGCUAGAAAUGUAGCAAAUGGAAAUGCUCCUUCUGGCAUUUCUAUGAAAUUGGCAAAGUCAGGUUCAAUAACUGAUACUAUAGUUAUGUCCACUAUGGGAUACCUACAAUUGAGUGCGCUUCCCGGGAUCUGGAAGCUUUUCCUCGACAGUGGUAAAAGUUCCAAGCAUUAUUCAUUACUUUCUGCUUCUUCUAAUAAGUUUGAAGCUAAUACGGCCUCUUUGGAAUAUGUCGAUAUUGGUAUUUUCAACCUCAAUGGCCAAUUGAUUUUCCCAAGAUUAAGAAAGAAUCCAGGCUACGAAGGAGUUGAAUUUUCCAACGAUGCUGAAGCUGAUAAAAAUGAAGGUAUCAAGAACGCCGGCAUUAUACAAUCGGUAUUUAAGAUGGACAAGCCAGCAAAGGAAGCAGAUAUAAAUAUCUUUACUAUUGCUAGUGGGCACUUGUACGAGAGAUUUGUGGGCAUCAUGACUGCUUCCUUGAGAAAGCACUCACAUAGACUGAUUAAGAUAUGGAUUAUUGAGAACUAUAUCUCGUCUCACUUCAAGAGGUUACUCCCAUAUUUGUCUGAAAAAUAUGAUGUGGAGUUUGAACUCAUUUCAUACAAGUGGCCAAAUUUCUUGCGCAAACAACGUGAAAAACAAAGAAGUAUCUGGGGAUACAAGAUUUUAUUUUUGGAUGUGAUAUUUCCCCAAGACCUUCACAAGGUGAUAUUCGUAGAUGCUGACCAGGUGGUCAGAACAGAUAUGCAAGAUUUGGUUGAUAUGAAUUUGGAGGGUGCUGCUUAUGGAUUUACUCCUAUGUGUGAUUCUAGAGAAGAAAUGGAUGGUUUCAGAUUCUGGAAACAAGGCUACUGGACACAAGUUUUGAAGGAUGAUUUGAAGUAUCACAUUAGUGCUCUUUAUGUCGUAGAUUUGGAUAAGUUCAGACAGAUUAGAGCCGGCGAUCGCUUGAGGUCUCAUUAUCAAAAGCUUUCAGCAGACCCCAACUCAUUGUCUAAUUUAGAUCAGGACUUGCCCAACAACAUGCAAAGAAGCAUCAAGAUCUUCAGUCUUCCCCAGGAAUGGUUGUGGUGUGAGGCUUGGUGUUCUGACGAAUCCAUGAAGACGGCCAAGACAAUUGACUUGUGUAACAAUCCAUUGACUAAGGAAAGCAAAUUGGAGAGAGCCAAACGGUUGAUUCCAGAAUGGACUGUGUAUGAUGAAGAAGUGCAAGAAUUGGUUGUUAAGGCUACUGAAGAGUACUACGAGAAGAAAGAAAAGGAAUCGGAAGAAUUCAAGAAGCUUGAAGAACAGGAAAGGCUGAGGGAAGAGGAAGAGGAAGAGGAAGAGGAUAACGACAUCGACCACGACGAAUUAUAG